AUGAGAGGUUCCUCUACUGAGCACAAGAAGUCAUUACAAUCCACCCAGCUCGCACCAGCUCUCGACACCUCCGCCUCUACCACAGAUUCAUCCACCAUGGUUGGCCGAAAGAACACUAUGCGCCGCAGCCCCCAGGCUGAGAUCCCCAUGCCUAUCACCUACACUCCCACCACCCACCGCAUCAGCAAGGCAAAGAAGGGCAAGCGCGUUCACGCUUGCGAGUUCCCCGGUUGCAACAAGGUCUUUACUCGCGCCGAGCACCGCAGACGCCAUGAGCUCAACCACAACCCGGAAGCUUCCUACCGCUGUACACACCCCGGCUGCAAGAAGGCCUUCCACCGUCCUGAUUUGCUUGCGCGCCACAUGGAGCGACAUGAGCUCGAGUCGCAACCAGAGCAGACCCAGUGGACUUCGCAACAGUCGCAGAUGGUGGAGUCUACUUCAAUUCCCCGCUGCGUUUCCAUGGACAACAGCUCUCUUCUUGCUGCCACUUCGCAGUCUCACUCUAUGUCUAUCGGCUCAUUGGUGGCUCCCGGCGUGCACCCGGAUCUCGCCAAUGACUGCUCUCUGAUGUGGAACGGCCUGGAGAUGCCUCUUCAACAGCGCCCUUCUGCCAACCUAUUCCAAAACCACCUCCCAGACCCUGCGGACGACAGUCCCUUCUACUCCUCCCCCGCAGAGACCUGCCCCCCUCCUCUCUCAGAUGCCACUUUUUCCAUGCCUCCCCACUCUAGCUCUUCGAUCUCCUCCGGCUCGGUCUCACUGAUGGACCACUACCCCAAGGGUAUGAUCAAGACUGAGGUAUCGGCCUCUCCACUGCAAAUGCAGUCCCCCAUGCGAUGGGACAACUCAGAUAUUGUACCCACCUCGCACCUGGUCCCCAUCUCCCUAGAGGAGAACCUGAUCCAGCCACCAGUGCAGUGCCACUACCCUUCACCCACUUGGUCCAGCGACUGCCUCCCUUACGAGGACCAAGUGCAGUCCAUGGCUCACUUCCAAUCUAUGGGCUGGAAGCAGUGGGCCAUGUAA